GUCCUUUUGGCGCGCGACGCUAAAGCGAGUGCACGAGGUUUUGUGGCGUGACAGUCAUCAGUGAUUUUGAGGAUUUCUUGGUGUCCCUGUGGAGCCGUUGAGCUUUCUCCUUACUGGAGGCUGUGGGAUCUUCCAUUCAUUCUGACCGCAGCCCACAUCAGCCCACAUACAGACUCCCCUCCAGCUUUGGAAGGUGGGCUGAGACCCAGGGUGGACAUGCCAGCUAAUGGGAAAUCACCCCAGAGGUUCCCUGCCCCGGUGCCAGGACAGCCUGGCAGAUCAUUUGAGGGAUCUGUGUCAUUUGAGGACGUGGCUGUGGAUUUUACCCGACAGGAGUGGCACCGACUGGACCCUGCUCAGAGGACCAUGCACAGGGAUGUGAUGUUAGAGAACUACAGCAACCUGGCGUCUGUGGGCCUCUGCGUGGCCAAACCAGAGAUGAUCUUCAAGUUGGAGCGAGGAGAAGAGCUGUGGAUAUUAGAGGAGGAAUCCUCAGGCCACGGUUACCCAGGAGGUCUCUCACUGCUGUGUGGCAACAGUUCUGUUGAGGGUAAUGCCCUCAGGCAUGAUAAUGACCUACAGCGUCAGAGGAUUCAAUCUUUAGAUCAAACCGUUGAAUAUCAUGGAUAUGGAAAAGUCUUCUACAAGAAAACUGGCUUUAUUGGACAUAAAAGAACACGCACGGGAGUAAAAAACUUUGGAUGUCACGAAUGUGGGAAAACUUACUGCAGGAAGUCAAACCUUAUUGAACAUCUGAGAACACACACAGGGGAGAGGCCCUAUAAAUGUGGUGAGUGUGCAAAAACCUUUAGUGCAAGAUCAUACCUCAUUGCCCAUCAGAAAACUCACACGGGGGAGAAGCCCUUCGAAUGUAACGAAUGUAGGAAAUCUUUCGGCAGGAAGUCCCAACUCAUUCUACACCAGAGAACACACACAGGAGAGAGACCCUAUGAGUGCACUGAAUGUGGGAAAACCUUUUCUGAGAAGGCAACCCUCAUGAUUCAUCAGAGAACUCACACAGGGGAGAAGCCCUAUGAGUGCGGUGAGUGUGGAAAAACAUUUCGAGUCAAGAUAUCCCUUACCCAACACCAGAGAACUCACACAGGGGAGAAGCCAUAUGAAUGUGGUGACUGUGGGAAGAACUUCCGGGCAAAGAAAUCCCUAAAUCAACAUCAAAGAAUUCACACAGGUGAGAAGCCCUAUAAAUGUGGCGAAUGCGGGAGAUUCUUCAGAAUGAAAAUGACUCUCAAUAAUCAUCAGAGAACUCACACAGGUGAAAAACCCUAUCAGUGUAAUGAAUGUGGGAAAUCUUUCAGAGUACACUCGUCUCUUGGGAUACAUCAGCGGAUUCACACGGGAGAGAAACCUUAUGAAUGUAAUAAAUGUGGCAACGCCUUCUAUGUUAAAGCGCGCCUCGUUGAACAUCAGAGAAUGCAUUCAGGAGAGAAACCCUAUGAAUGUGGUGAAUGUGGAAAGAUCUUCAGUAUGAAGAAAUCCCUUUGUCAACACCAGAGAACUCACACAGGAGAGAAACCCUACGAAUGUAGUGAGUGCGGAAAUGCCUUCUAUGUGAAAGUACGCCUCAUUGAACAUCAGCGGAUUCACACGGGAGAGAGACCCUUUGAAUGUCAAGAAUGCGGGAAGGCCUUCUGCCGGAAAGCCCACCUCACGGAACAUCAGAGAACUCACGUAGGCCGGCCCUUACCUUGCACUCUGGAGAAAUCUUCUUUGUGAAGACUCCCGUCACCGUUUGAUCAAGCCCUUUGGGUCAUCUGUUCACCAGGCACACCGAGUGCACCCGUAAC